GUGUAAAACGGACACAGUACCAAACGUUUCGACAAAAAUUGAUUUCUCUAAUUAAUUUUUGUUUAAAUCGAAUUAUCGUGAAUAAAAUGCACGUGUACCAUCUUUUGAUGAUUUAGCUACAAAGUAGCAGAAAACCAGCACGACUCAGCCGAAAGUCCAACUACGCCGAAGAUUUUUCACUGUUUUUUAAUAAAAAAGAGUGAUUUAUUCAAGGAUUUCACUUAUAUAUAAUCGAUGGAUAAAACUUUUAUCCCAUUAGAUCUAACGUCAUUAUAACAAUCAAUUUUUUUUAAAGUGACACAAUAUGAAAUAAUUUAAUUAAUUAGACAUUUAUUCUAUUAAGUUAUUUCAUUUACUUUUAUUCUAACGACCAUUAAUCUUACAAACAGUACGUGUGUUUUUCGUUGACAAUGACAAUUAAAAAAGUGACGAUAAAUGUGCUAAUGUUCUUUAUCCUCGCAAAUCACAUUUUACGCAUUUUCGGAAAAGUAACAUUAUUGCGCGCAUCCCCAUUUUCUAGCAAACCUGACAAUGUAAAAUUGAUAUGUCUUUCGGAAGAUGAUGGCGGCGCCCUUGUGUGGAACAACAAUUUAAUCUGGUCCUGGAAAGAGUAUUCUCCUAAAGAAAACAAUUUGCAGUUUCACAAUUUAAAUAAAUUAAAAAAUAAUAAAAUUAAUUGUGAAAUGAACGCAAAUGAAGGCUGCUUGGAGUCAUGGAAUAAACAGAACUGGACUUUUACAAAUUCUUUAAAAACACCUAUGGGUCCGGUAUUUGGUCAGCGAUGGGAAAAAUUUAAACAAUAUGAUCAUCUUCAAUAUACUUAUGAUUAUGUACAUUUUAAUCUUAGUACCGAAGUAAAGCUACCCUUUUCGGUUCGUGUUUCCCAUGACGCACAAAUAUUAAUUUGCAACAGUAAGAAUUUUGCCAGAGAUUCUUGCUAUUGGAUUAUAAUAGGAGGUUGGAACAAUACAAAGUCCGUCAUACAAAAGUGCGCGACGGGAGUACCUGUACUCGGGAAACGGCGCGUAAAAAAUUGCAAGACAUCGCUAACUUCUUUCAAUCACACACCAUUAUCUAAAAAUGAAUGGCGAUCAUUUGUAAUUACGUGGAACCCUACGACGCGCAGAAUAAUUGUUUAUGAUACUGAUAAGCUGAUUAUGGAAUAUACAGACGAGGAAAGGCAUUUACGUUCAAGCAAUGAUUAUUAUAUGUUCAUUAGAACAUAUAAUACAGCGAUGUUGUUUCGAUUUCAUAUAUACGACUUUCUGCAUACGACUGUCGAGAAUGCAGUUUUAACAAGUCCCAUCUUCCAAUUUAAUAAUAAAAUGAUGUGCGUACAAUUGUUCGUUGGCCUCUGCACCGAAUGUGAUGCACGUAUAGUGUUGCGUGAUUACAUAAAUGAUGAAGAGUUGGUAAUGGUAACAGUAGAAGGCUCAUCGAAAAUUACAGCCCAUGGCUUACCUAUGUGGCAGUCUGUCAAAAUUAAUCGAAAUUCUACAGUGACCAAUUAUAAUACUAAUAAUAAGGUGAUAAUCCAAUUGAUUCCUAAACUAAAUAAAUAUAGCUCGAAUCCGUUGUGGGCGAUAGCGAACGUUCGUCAAUGUCCCCAAAAUGGAGCUCUGAGGAAGGGCGUUAUGAUUACUAAUCAAGAUUGGGACAGUCAUUACUUUUGGCCGAUUGAGACAUGUCAAAAAUUAUUUUACGAUGAACAUGUCGUCGUGAAUCAUUUAUCGCGCAUGAAAUCAGAUAUAAACUUGGAUGACGCAAACUGCUUUCAAGGUAAAAUUGGGUCACAAUGCUUAUUUUCCUGCGAAUCUGAUUUGAAUAGUGACUCUAACUGUACAGGAGCCAAAAUUUGUUACGAAAAUGGUUGCACGUGUGCUCCGGGCGUUUUAGGAGACAAUUGUCUUAAAACUUGUGAUACAUACACAUAUAGUUAUGGUUGCAAAAAAACAUGCGGCGCAUGCUUCUAUAACAAACAGUGUAAUAUAGUGACUGGUGUAUGUGAUAAAGGUUGCGACAAUACUGACAAUGAGAUUAUUUACAUACCACCUUUAUGUCAAACAAGUGUAGAUAGGCCCAACAUACCUACUAUUUCAUUGAACGAGACGACUAUUUGUGCCACUGUUCUUAUGACAUGGAAGAACGAAUACGAAAAAAUACCGAUUUAUUAUUCUCUUUUCAUUCAAGGACAAAUUAAAUAUCAAUGGAACAAGUUACUUCGAAAUAUGACACAAUUGACAGAAUAUUUUGUGAAUCUAGAACCUGGUUUUAUGUAUUAUGUCGGUUUCAGCUUAGAUAUCAAUGCGGCUGACAGUUUCGAUCUAACACCUGAAGAAAACGGAAUGAUAAUUGAUUGGCGAAUCAAUCCAAAUCAAUUAUAUUUGUGUCCGGCAAGGUGGUAUUAUGUGGUAGUUCGCAAUAUAUAUACAAAUAAUAUAGUUUUUUCUACAUUAUCUAUAACACAUUUUCCAUAUAAAUUGCAAUUCUUGCCGUCAUACACUUCUUUUGAAGUGACCAUAUUUUAUAAAGAUGAUAAAUUAUUUUCCCAGGAAAUUCGUACGCUUGAAGGCGUUCCAUCUAGAGUGUCAGAGCUACAAAAAAUGUUCUCGUCUAAUACACAACUCACCCUGAUUUGGAAACCUCCACAUAAACCGAAUGGAAAAAUAGUGCGAUAUGAAGUAAUCUUAAAAGUAAUGCAGUUAUAA